AUGUUGCUUCUGGCAGCUUUUAGCUUUUCCUUGGCAAUCAUGCAAAACCAAAGCUUUGUUACUGAGUUCAUCCUCCUGGGGCUUUCACAGAAUCCCAGUGUUCAGAAAAUAGUAUUUGUUGUAUUCUUGUUCAGCUACAUUGCAACUGUCGGGGGUAACUUGCUAAUUGUGGUGACCAUCAGCAGCAGCCUAGCACUCCUGGGCUCCCCCAUGUACUUCUUCUUGGCUUUCCUGUCUUUCCUGGAUGCUUGCUUCUCCACUGUCAUUGCCCCCAAGAUGAUUGUGGACUCCCUCUAUGAGAGAAAAACCAUCUCCUUUGGGGGUUGCAUGACCCAGCUCUUUGCGGAACACUUCUUUGCCGGAGUGGAAGUGAUUGUCCUCACAGCCAUGGCCUAUGACCGCUAUGUGGCCAUCUGCAAGCCCCUACGCUACACAACGAUCAUGAGCUGGAGGCUCUGCACCAUUCUGAUGCGUGUAGCUUGGACAGGGGGGUUUCUGCAUUCCGUGAUACAAAUUCUCUUCACUUUCCAGCUCCCCUUCUGUGGCCCCAAUGUCAUUGAUCACUUCAUGUGUGAUUUGUACCCAUUGCUGGAGCUUGCCUGCACUGACACUCACAUCUUUGGCCUUUUGGUUGUGGCCAACAGUGGGUCUAUCUGCAUUAUAAUCUUUUCUUUGUUACUUGUCUCCUAUGUUGUCAUCUUGCUCUCUCUGAGAACUCAUAGUCCUGAAGGGCAGCGGAAAGCUCUCUCCACCUGUGGAUCUCACAUUGCUGUUGUGGUUUUGUUCUUUGUCCCUUGCAUAUUUGUGUAUGCACGACCUCCAUCUGCUUUCUCUUUUGACAAAAUGGUGGCUAUAUUUUACACUAUCCUAACUCCCUUGCUCAAUCCUUUGAUUUAUACUUUCAGGAAUAAGGAAAUGAAAAAUGCCAUCAAGAAAAUGUGGAACAGAAUAAUGUUUUUUUGUAGUGACAAAUAA